AUGGCCCGAAGCGCGCUGUUGGCGGUGCUUUCUUGUCUAAUAUUCCUUAACUGCUCUAGGCCAUUGAUAAGCUGGCCGGCGGACGACGAAGACGCGUUGAACAUGUCGCAGCUCGAUUUUGAUCAGUAUCUUGGCGACUACCUCAAGCCUGGUGAUAAGUUUGCGCUCCUACUGGAUUACGAUGGAACGUUGGCCGAGCUAACUUCGCACCCAAACCUCACACAGAUGAGCGAUGAGAUGCGAGAAGCCCUACGGAAUAUCGCCUCCAGUGGCAAGGCUUUCGUGGCGGUCAUUUCCGGGCGCGACGUUGACGGAGUGAAGGAAAAGAUCGGUAUAAACGACAUAAUCUACUCGGGCAACCAUGGACUGGAGGUAUUGUAUCCGAACGGGACACGCCACAACCAGGGAAUACCCAAAGAAGUAGAGGAUAAUUUUCAAAAAAUGAUUGACCAUUUGGAGCGAGAGGUGGUGCAUCACGGAUCGUGGGUUGAGAACAAACGUGUGUCGAUAACAUUCCACUUUCGGGAAAUUACCGACCAGAAGUAUGUCCCGGAAAUGGCAGCGCGCGCCAAGGAGAUCAUUGAAUCGUACGGUUACCGGGCGAAUCCGGCACACGCCUCGGUUGAGGGUAAACCUCCGAUUCAGUGGAACAAGGGACUGGCGGCAGAGUACAUCCUGGGCACCAGCUUCGACCCUAACUGGCGUCAACGGAAAGUUUUGUUUGCUGGGGACGAUACGACCGAUGAGGAUGUGAUGAAGAUGAUCAAGGGCACGGGAAGGUCGUUCCGGGUGACGAAAGAUAAGGACUUAGUGACGAGUGCUGACCAUAAAAUACCGUCGGUGCAAUCCGUUUAUCACCUGCUAAAGUGGAUCGAAGCAAGAGCCAGAGCAUGAGGCCGGUGAGUUUUCUGCAUCAAUAAAAAUCGCGCUUAUAUUUAUA